AUGGACAGGCGAACAUUCGCUAUUCUAUGCCAUAUGCUUAGAAUUGUAACUGGUCUUUCUUUGAUAGAGGUUAUUGAUGUUGAGGAAAUGGUUGCGAUGUUCUUGCACAUUCUUGCCCAUGAUGUGAAGAACCACGUAAUUCAACGAGAGUUUGUACGGUUAGAUUGUCUUGAGGCGUUGGACAAGACGUACAUCAAGGUUAACAUCCAUGCAGCAGAUCGCCCUAUGUUUAGAACACAUAAGGAGGAAAUUGUGACUAAUGUACUCGACAUUUGCGACAUUAAAGGGGAUUUCAUAUAUGUCCUCGCCAGUUGGGAAGGAUCUGCACCAGAGUCGCGGAUUUCGCGGGAUGCCUUUGCACGACCCAAUGGACUGCAAGUGCCAAAGGGAUAUUAUUAUCUGUGCGAUGCGGGUUAUCCAAACACUGAGAGAUUUCUUACCUCGUACAGAGGCCAAAGGUACCACUUGCAAGAGUGGUGUGGUGCUGGAAAUGCCCCAACCAAUGCAAAGGAAUACUUCAACAUGAAGCACUAUUCUACGAGGAAUGUGAUUGAGCGCGUGUUCGAUCUUCUAAAGGGUCGUUGGACAAUACUUCAUACGAAGUCAUACUAUCCCCUUCAAGUGCAAUGUCGCACCAUCCUAGCAUGUUGCCUGCUGGACAAUUUGAUAAACAAGGAAAUGCCCAAUUGCGAUGACAUUGACGACUUUAACGAGGGGGAUUCUGCGUACACCAUGACCAACACUAGAGAAUACAUUUAA